AUGAGCAACUGGCCCAUCUUCAUCACAGCCCCAGAGGCCCCAAUCAAGACAAUCAACAAAGCUCUCCUCCACCUAACAGAUUACGAAUUCAAUUGUCCCCCGCAAUGGACCCUCAUUCUGACCAACCCCCCACCCAACCCAUCAACACCCUCCAUCCCACCGCUCCAAAUGUCAGAAGAACCCGGGGAAUCCACCCUAACAGCCACCACCAACGCCUUCGCCGCCAAAUCCCCCCACGAGAUCUACACUUACCUUGACGAUCCGACCACCCAGGACCUAUUCAGGGAUGCGGGUCUAUCGGCCUCGAACUGGCUGGUCAUUGAUCAGAAGGGUCUGGAGAUGGAGACUUGUUUGUUGGCUGAGUAUGUGAGUCCGGAGGAUCGGGAGGAUGAAGAUUGGGAGGGGGAUGGCGAGGGAUAUCGUUUGUGUCGGAUUCCGUGGGUGAAGGCGUGGGGCAUGUUCUGCAAUUUGGAUAUUGGGAAUAUGGGAUUUGAGGAGUGGGUGAAUGAGGAACGGGGGCCUGUCGAGGGGGAUUUUGGGGCGUGGGAUUGGGUUGGGCCGUUUGAGGGGGAGGAUAUGGAGGAUCAGGAGGUGAGGAGGAAGAGGGAGGAGGCUGUUAGGAGGGGAGUGGAAGGGGGGUGGAUUUGA